AUGGGUAAAGUUCACGGUUCUUUAGCUCGUGCUGGUAAAGUCAAGUCUCAAACUCCAAAGGUCGAAAAGACUGAAAAGCCAAAAUCUCCAAAAGGUAGAGCUUACAAGAGAUUAUUGUACACUAGAAGAUUUGUUAACGUUACUUUAACUAACGGUAAGAGAAGAAUGAACCCAGGUCCAUCCUCUCAAUAA